CUGGCCUCCUCACCCAAUUGCCCCACAAACGUACAGACCCAACGGUUCUCUAUCUCCCCUCCUUUCCUUUCAGCUAGUCUGACCGCUAAAGCCAGUUUUAUCAGGUUUAGUGCUAACCGGAAGUUAAUCCAGUAGUACUACGUAUCAUAGUAGUGACAACCUCACGCGCUUGAGUCUCUGACAUGUCGUUCAAAGCGCUCUUCUAUGCGUACAUCUUAGGCGGACUGACGUUCAUUCCCUUGCUCAUCCUUAUCGUCGUUGGCAUCGCCAUAUACACCUCUAUCCCCGUGCAAACUAACUCAGGCAAUGAUGCCAAGACAGAACCCCACACCGAGUCGACUGAGCCACGAGCAGAAACAGAAGAUUCUGCCUCCUCGCUGGAAGUCAAUGACAAGCCCAGGACGCGCAAAGGAUGGCUUACCAUGCGUAGAACAUUUGAAGAAUCCGCGUCAUCCGAUGGAUCAUACGUCACUCUCGUCCGCUCCUACCUUGAUGCGCGUUCCAAGGACCCUAAGCGCUCACGCCCGAAGGAUAUGUGGUACGUUGUCCUGAAGGGCACAGUGUUGUACCUGUACGAAGACGAAAGUAGGACGGAGUGUGAAGCGGCUAUAGAGUUGGGUGGACAAGAGGUGUCUGUUUACCCGGAAGGACUUCUGGACGGGGAGCUCUACACAAAACGGAAUGCCAUAUGCCUGCGCCCAAGACAAAUACUCGAGGAAAAUAUAAUUCCGAACGUGGAAAAUGAAACAGCGCUUCAAGAUAUCAAUAUAGAUGAGAAGGUGGAGGAGGCAGGUGGAAGCUUGAAGAAGCGGACUGCUGAACGCGAGCGACUCGUUGAAGAAGAGAAGAACCGGGACGUUGCACGACAAGAGGCAUUGAGCGCAUCGACACCAUGGUUCAUAUUUGUCCGCUCGUGCGUCGAGAUGGAGGAUUGGUAUUUUGCGCUCGUGCAUGCGUCUGAGCAUCCGACUGGCAUGCCUACUCUUGACCCACUCCAGAGCGUAUUCCUCCCUUCGGAAAUGAACAAGCUUGUCGUGACUCUUGAUGAGCAACCCGAUGUCAUCCCCAUGCGCUGGUUAAACGCGCUACUUGGGCGCAUAUUCUUCAGCUUCUACCGCACACAGGUGUUAGAGUCGUACAUCAUCGGUCGUCUCAUGAAGAAGCUUUCCAAAGUCAAGCGUCCUGCAUUCCUCACAGACAUUUCUGUCACCAAAUUCUCAAUUGGGAACAAUGCCCCGACACUUAGCAAGCCGAUGUUGAAGGAGCUCACGAAAGAGGGCGAUGCAUCGCUCGAGGUGCGCUUUACAUACAAGGGGGAGGUCCGUGCGACCGUCGAGGCUACUGCUACAAUCAACCUCGGUGCUCGAUUUAAGUCGUACACCGUUAAACUAGUGCUAGCGGUUAUUCUACGGGAGAUAGAUGGAAACCUCCUCAUCAAGGUCAAGCGACCACCAAGUAGUCGGAUAUGGUACGCGUUCACGCAGACCCCGCGUGUGGUCAUUGAUGUCGAGCCCAUCGUGAGCGAUCGCCAAAUUACAUGGAGCAUGAUACUUGACACGAUCAAGUCAAGAAUCAUUGAGGUGAUACAAGAGUCCGUCGUAAUGCCCAACAUGGAUGAUAUCAGUUUCUUUGACAGCUCGCCAUAUUUACAUCGUGGCGGACUUUGGUCGGAUGCUGCGCGGCGCGAGCAGUCAGAGCCUACCUCGACCUCACCAGAAGUUGAAGCAAAAGGUGUAAAACCUGCGGCAUCUGAGGCAGACCUCCCAUCUAAUUCAGGCACCUCCGAAGAGGUCACGGCACCGUUAAUAAAGCGUUCAGUGUCGGCUGAAGACCUGGUAGUUGAUGCAUCAUCACUUGGAGGUGUGCCAGUCAUCCGCUCUGCAACCACUGGAACCUCAGACAGCAAUGUAAAAGCCUCUAGGCCUGGUGGAGAUGACUUUGAUGUAGGCGACGAUGUCGAGGAGUCUGACCUUCGUGGACGGCGGAGUCGCGCUACAAGUUCUACAACGCCAAAACAAGGUCUUCCUGCUAACUCUCAUCCAGACAAACCCACUGGUGAGACGGAAUUGGAUGAAGAGUACCUAUCCCCGCAAUACCGUGGCCGGUCCUCAUCGGCACACUCUCUAGCACGUUCUAGGUCUUCUCGGGCAGAUUCUGUCUCUUCUUCGGUCUCCGUCGGUGGCGAGGAGUCCUUCAAUGGCCUCUCUGACUCUGGCGCAUCCUCGAAGAGCCCCCGACCCUCCACCGGUUUGAAUACAGCGAGUUCAUUGUUCUCUACGCUGAAGUCCAAAGCCACAGACAAGCAAGCACUGAGCAAUUCUGCUAAGGAAGCAAUGCGUAAAUGGGGGGUCAAUUGGGGUGGUCUUAAGAAAGAUAGCAGUGUCAACUCUCAGGAUGACGUACCGGACGUCGGACCUUCGGAUGCUCGUAUUCGGAAAGAGAGCACACAUAGCCGCCCCAAUUAUGCAGAAGUGCGUGCUGCUGUUGCAGAACGGAGAGACCGCAGGGACGAUGGUGGGUCCACCCCUAUUCCUAUCCCCAAUGGGAAAGAAAAGAGGUCCACAAGCCUGUCGAGCGGUCACAUGUCAUUGUUAUCUGGUGCACCUGCAUCGCCUCCCCACAUAAUGCAAGGCGGUUCAUCGGAAGGGAGCUCCUCAUCUAGAUUUGUUGCACCUUCUUUGUCGAAGUCAGCGACGGAAAAUGAUCUACUCCAAGACCGCGAUUUCGCGGAUGAGACAGAGGAGCACCGCAGGCCAUCUAUUAUUCAUACCCAACCUUCACAGGCGCGGACAAUGACUAUUCCGGGGAUCCAUGCAAGCCACCGUGGGGAACCCAUGUCAAUGGGGAAUAUUGCGCCAUCGUCAACACCCCCGGAGAGCAAGCCGAAGGGGCCUGCUAUUCAAAGCAUGUAUCGUUUAUGGAAAAGUCCGAUUCUGACAGGUCAACCACAAGGCUCGGAUAACCAGUUGAUGCCUAUACGCGCAGAUGUAGAUGAACGUAAUGCGGAUGUUGUUCCACUCAGUCUUUCUACCGAUGUCGCUUCACCGUCUGCACGACCACCACCUCCUCCUCUUCCUCCGCGGACGGUGUCAUCGGUACCACGUACUGCGGCUGAUUCGUUCGAAGAUGCUGUUCCUUCUGUAUCAGCUGCGUCGGAAGAUAUGAGAGGAGCUUCGCCGGUGCAGGGAUCAUCGAAUCCAUCUCCAGAGCCGGCUGAAACGUCACCACCUGUUGGCACAUCCGAACCGGUGAUUGUGAAAGGACCGGAUAACAGGCCUCCAUUACCUCCGCGCAAACCCGGGCCAGCACGCUAGCCUAUAUGUCAACCAUUUAGGUAUAAUCGACGCACGUAUUUAAAAGUCAACUCAGCAUACUGAUGACCAGGACACAAUGACAAUUCAGCACUGCAUUUGUCCGAAAAUCAUAUGCUCUGGAUUUUUUGAAAAUGACUUGGAUGCGACGUGGCAGGCCAGCAAAGUAUAAAUUUUAAAUUACCUAAGUUGCCAUAAGGGCUACGUAUUAUCGGUACUAGUGCACUUCUUAUUGAUGUAAGUAGAGCGCGUCUCGUAUCGUAAAAGUUAAUGUUUG